AUGUCGUUUGAGAAACUCCAAAUGUCUCUUCACGAGGAUAUCGAAGGGGUCAACCGCUACAACCCGGAAAAUGUGAGUAGUCUUGCUGCCUGUGUCGAGGCUAUGGUUCACGAAAAUAAAUAUGACAAGGAUAUUGUUCUUACCAUUCUUAAAUUGUACCAGCUCAAUCCUGACAAAUAUGACGAAGCAAUCGUUCGUCAAAUUCUUCUGAAGACGUUAAUGGUUCUUCCUUCAAGUGAUUUUGCUUUGGCGAAAUGCUUAAUCGACACUAACAGGCUCGGAUCUCAGGAGCUUCGUCGAGUUUUCGAUCUGGGUGCUGUUCUAGAGUCAUGUGAUUUUGCUGUAUUUUGGCAAUUGAUGAAAGGAAAGUACAAGCCAUCAGCCAACGCUAAUGAAUCCUUCAAAAAUCCGCAAGAAAUCCCAAAAAUGGUAAAACCAAUGGUUGGAUUUGAAGAUGCUGUCAAACAUUAUGCUUGUCGUGUUAUCAGCGUGACAUUCCAAAAUAUUGAAAAAUCUCUUCUCAGUCGACUUCUUGGUGAUGCUAGUGAUAGCGAAGUUGCUACUUUUGCUAAAAAAUUCGGAUGGGAACCAAAGGAGAACGGAAAGGUGUUUUUCGUAGCAAAUCAUGAAGCAACAAUCAGAACAAGGAACAUUGACGAAAAAAUUCAAUUUAGUCUUAAUCAUUUAGACGUCGCUGAUGUAUUGACUAAAAUGGAGAAGCCAAAGACCCGUCAGUAG